GCUCGCCGCCUGUGCGCGACCCCGCGGGUCCACCAGUCUCCGCAGCAGACAGACAGACUGACAGACAGUAGCAGCAGCGACGUGGACCGUCCGGACCGGAGAGGAUGAUGCGAACAACGUUCCUGCUGGCGUUGGCAGCCGUCCUGAGCUUCUGCUGGGCUCAGUCGGACUCCGGCGGUGAGGAGGCGGCUGUGGAGGAGGAACAUGUGGAGCUUUUCACCACGCCCGCCACCAAGAUGGGCGCCGCCACCUCGGACUUCGGCUACAACCUGUUCCGGGCUUUGACGAGCCGCGAAACUUCGGCCAACCUGUUUCUGUCUCCGAUCAGCGUGUCUUCGGUUCUGACCCAGCUGUCCAUGGGGGGCUCAGAGAACGCCCAGAGGCAGCUGUACCGGGCGCUCCGGUACCACAACCUGCAGGACCCCCAGCUCCAGAAUACCCUGAAGGACCUGCUGACCACGGUGAACUCCUCAGGCAAAGGCCUGAGCUCGGCCGCUCGGCUCUACAUGACGCGACGACUCCGCCUGAAGCAGGAUUUCUUCAAGCUGGUGGAGCAGCAGUAUGGCGUCCGCCCCAAAGCGCUGUUGGGUGGAGCCAAAGACACGAAGGAGAUCAAUGAUUGGGUGUCUCAGCAGACGGGAAGGAAGGUCCAACAGGUCCUGACCAAGGGUCUCCCUCGAACCGCCGGCGUCAACGCCAUCAGCGCCGCCUACUUCAAAGGGGGAUGGGUGACCCGCUUCAGUCAGGGCGGAGUUGAGCAGGACUUCCAAGUGGAAAACGGUGCUCCGGUCCGUGUUCCCAUGAUGCAACAGGAUAACUACCCGGUGAAGAUGGGCGUGGACUCGGACCUGAGCUGCACUAUCGCUCAGAUCCAGAUGCAGAACGACGUCAGCAUGUUUGUCUUUCUGCCCGACGACGUGACGACCAACACCACACUGCUGGAGGAGAGUCUGACGGCCGAGUUCGUUCAGGACCUCUCCAUGGCGCUGCAGCCGGCUCUGGUGUCCCUGACGCUGCCUGUCCUGAGGCUUAGUUACUCCACCGACCUGCUGCCACUGCUUGGCGACCUCGGCCUCAAUGACUGGUUGGACAACCAAGAACUGGAGAAGAUCUCAGUCCAGUCAGCCAAACUCACCAGCAUCAAUCAUAAGGUUGUCAUGGAGACGGCGCCCGAAGGAGUCCAGUACCCCAGCGCUGUCUUGGUGCCCUCCCACCUGACGUACCGAGUGGACCGGCCCUUCGUCUACCUGAUCCGAGACGAACCGUCAGGAGCACUGCUGUUCAUCGGGAAGGUGGUCAACCCCAAAGUCCUGACAAUUUAACACACACACAGACACGCCCGCACACACAAAUAUACACACACACAUACACCCCCACACA